GCUUGAAACUCAUGGGAGCCCCAGCGAAGAUGACAUUGUCUCAGGGGCAGUCAAUGACGCUCAACUGCAGCAAGGAGGGGCUGGAGGAGCCUGACAUACACUGGAUGAAGGAUGGGGCUGUGGUCCGGACCGGGAGCCAGGUGUACAUCUCCAUCAGCGAGAGGCACUGGAUUUGCUUCCUCAGCCUGAAGUCAGUGGAGCGUUCUGAUGCGGGCCAGUACUGGUGCCAGAUGGAGGAUGGGGGAAAAACCGAGAUCUCCCAGUCAGUGUGGCUCACCGUUGAAGGUGUGCCAUUUUUCACUGUGGAGCCCAAAGAUCUGGCAGUGCCCCCUAAUGCCCCUUUCCAACUCUCUUGUGAGGCCGUGGGUCCCCCGGAACCUGUUACCAUUUUCUGGUGGAGAGGAAGAACGAUGGUUGGGGGACCUGCUCUCUCUCCCUCAGUUUUGAAUGUAACAGGGGUGACCCAGAGCACAAUGUUUUCCUGUGAAGCUCGCAACAGAAAAGGCCUGGCUAUUUCUCGCCCAGCCACUGUUCGCCUUCAAGCUCUGCCUGCAGCCCCCUUCAACAUCACAGUGACAAAGCUCUCCAGCAGCAAUGCCAGCGUGGCCUGGGUGCCAGGUGCUGAUGGUCAAGCCGUGCUUCAAUCCUGUACAGUGCAGGUGACACAGACCCCAGGAGACUGGGAGGUCCUGGCUGUCGUGGUCCCAGUGCCACCCUUCACCUGCCUGCUUCGGGACUUGACACCUGCUACCAACUACAGCCUCAGGGUGCGCUGUGCCAAUGCCUUGGGGCCUUCUCCCUAUGCUGACUGGGUGCCCUUUCAGACAAAGGGUCUAGCCCCAGCCAGAGCUCCCAAGAACCUCCAUGCCAUCCGCACAGAUUCAGGCCUCAUCCUGGAGUGGGAAGAAGUGAUUCCUGAGGGCCUUUGGGAAGGCCCCCUGGGGCCCUAUAAACUUUCCUUGUUCCAAGACAAUGGAACCCAGGAUGAGCUGACAGUGGAGGGGACUAGGGCCAAUGUGACAGGCUGGGAUCCCCAGAAGGACCUGAUCGUGCGUGUGUGCGUCUCCAAUGCAGUUGGCUGUGGACCCUGGAGUCAGCCACUGGUGGUCUCUUCUUACGACCAUGCAGGCCAGCAGGGCCCUCCCCACAGCCCCACAUCCUGGGUACCUGUCGUCCUGGGUGUGCUCACAGCUCUGGUGACGGCUGCUGCUUUGGCCCUCAUCCUGCUUCGAAAGAGGCGGAAGGAGACACGUUUUGGGCAAGCCUUUGACAGUGUCAUGGCCCGUGGGGAGCCAGCCGUUCACUUCCGGGCAGCCAGGUCCUUCAAUAGAGAAAGACCAGAGCGCAUUGAGGCCACACUGGACAGCCUGGGCAUCAGUGACGAACUGAAAGACAAGCUAGAAGAUGUACUCAUCCCAGAGCAGCAGUUUACUCUGGGCCGGAUGCUGGGCAAAGGAGAGUUUGGUUCAGUGCGGGAGGCCCAGCUGAAACAGGAGGAUGGCUCCUUUGUGAAAGUGGCUGUCAAGAUGCUGAAAGCUGACAUCAUCUCCUCAAGUGACAUAGAAGAGUUCCUCAGGGAGGCAGCUUGCAUGAAGGAGUUUGACCAUCCACACGUGGCCAAGCUUGUUGGUGUGAGCCUCCGCAGCAGGGCCAAAGGCCGCCUCCCCAUCCCUAUGGUCAUCCUGCCCUUCAUGAAGCAUGGGGACCUGCACGCCUUCCUGCUCGCCUCCCGGAUUGGAGAGAACCCCUUUAACCUGCCCCUCCAGACUCUGAUCCGGUUCAUGGUGGACAUUGCCUGUGGCAUGGAGUACCUGAGCUCCCGGAACUUCAUCCACCGGGACCUGGCUGCUCGGAACUGCAUGCUGGCAGAAGACAUGACAGUGUGUGUAGCUGACUUUGGACUAUCCCGAAAAAUCUAUAGCGGGGACUACUAUCGUCAGGGCUGUGCCUCCAAAUUGCCUGUCAAGUGGCUGGCCCUGGAGAGCCUGGCGGACAACCUGUACACUGUGCACAGUGACGUGUGGGCCUUCGGGGUCACCAUGUGGGAGAUCAUGACUCGUGGGCAGACGCCAUAUGCUGGCAUUGAAAACGCUGAGAUUUACAACUACCUCAUUGGCGGGAACCGCCUGAAACAGCCUCCAGAGUGCAUGGAGGACGUGUACGAUCUCAUGUACCAGUGCUGGAGCGCUGACCCGAAGCAGCGCCCCAGUUUCACAUGCCUGCGAAUGGAACUGGAGACCAUUCUGGGUCACCUGUCCGUGCUAUCCAGCAGCCAGGACCCCUUGUACAUCAACAUCGAGAAGGCUGAGCCGCCUGCUGAAGGUGGUGACCUGGAGCUGCCCUGCAGUGACCCACCCGGCAGCGGAGCUGGGGAUGGCAGUGGGGUGGGAGCGGUGGGAGGCGUCCCCAGUGACUAUCGGUACAUCCUCAGCCCUGGGGGCCUGGCUGAGUCAUGUGGGCAGGCUGAGCAGCAGCCAGAGAGCCCUGUCAAUGAGGCCCAGAGGCUGCUGUUUGUGCAGCAAGGGCUCCUGCCCCACAGUAGUUGUUAGCCUGCAGGCAGGGGCAGCCAGGCCAGGGCUGGUUCUGCAGGCUACCGUGCCGACUGGCGAAGCCACAUCGACCCCAGCCCAGGCAGUAAGUGGUGGAGGCUCCUGUGGUAGCCCUCCCGAGCUGUGCUGGUAUCUGGACUCACCAAAUCGCCCAAUCCCAGUUCUUCCUGCAGCCACUCCAUGGCCGGCCUCAGUUCAGGCCUUGGCUUGGAGAAGGUGGGCCAGACCUGGUUGCUUGAACCCAGGCAACUGGCGGGAGAGCGUGGUGGUGGUUAUGUUUCCAUGGCUACCAUGGGUGUGGAUGGCAGUGGGGGGAGAGUAGAUGCAGCCCGUGGGCCCCUGCCCUCCAGCUGAGCUGCCCCUGCUGCUUUAGUGCAUGCCUUGAGCCACCUCUGCCUGGGGGCUCAGAGAUGCCUGCCACAUUGAGGCUUAAAUACCAGGUUUGCCCCUCUGAGGCACAGAGAUGUCCUUGUAUUAUUCCCUUGUAGGUGAGAAUUAGUAAGGGGUUGGCAUAGUCGGGUUCCAAAUCCCUGUGGCAGGGGACAGUGGGACAUUCUCAGAUCUGAAUCCUUGUUACCACCUUGAUUCCUGACCUUCGUGUGCUGGGCCAGGUGGUAGGAGGGUGCUUUCAUGAAGCUGGCUGGACCUUCCAGGGCAUGCAGGGGCACCACUGAGCUCCUCAGAGGAAGGACAUGAGGGGCUGGCCCUGGGAUAGAGGGAAGAGGAGUGCAGGAGCCCCUGUCCAGCCUCCCACAGUCUGUCCGAGCAUGCUACCAAACACCCGAGACUAACAAAGGCAGCUGUGUCUGAGCCCAGCCCCUCCGCGCUAACUGGACACCUUCUUCUGUCCCAAGUCUCCAGAGAGCAAAUAGGCCUGCUGGUCGGUGUGGGUGAGGGGUCUGCUCCAAGCCUGGCCCUGGCCCGGCUGGGGGAACUUUGUGGAAUGCAUGGAGCAGGCCCUCGCUAGUCAGGCAUUUUCCAAGCUGUUAGCUGCUGUUUAAAAACAGAAAUAAAAUCGAAGACUAAAAGAACCAAG